UUAGAUAUUUCAGCUAUUUCAACAAAUCCGGACGCAUGUGAUAAUAUAGAAUGUUCAAAUGUAUUCGAUCCUGUGUGUGGCCAAGCAACAGCUUUGAAUGGGGAUGGCGUUAUAAAAAGAUUUCAAAAUAUCUGCUACUUGAAGAAGAUGCAGUGUAAAUUCAGUUUUACAGAUUUGCAUCAAGUUCGUGACGAUCGUUGCAAUAUACGCAAAGAAAGAGCAUAUUUAAUUGGCAGACGAGUAUACGACUUCAGUGUAGUUGGUGCUCACCAGGCGUGUAACCAUACAUGUCCCACGUUCUGCCUGGACACAUACGAUCCCGCAUGUGCCCAAAUAUGGUCUCAAGCUAUGGAUACAUACACGUAUAGACCAAUGAUCAAUCAUUGUCACAUUGAUUUGUAUUCCUGUGUUAUGGGAGUGAAUGUAACGAUACAGCCGUUAAUAGGGAAAUGUUACAAGAACCCCACAGCUCUUAUGUUCAUGUUUCAUAUUGCUUCUCUUAAAACAUUGAAGCUACUUGAUGAAACACCAAGCGUGAUGCACAAGAUAUCUGCACCAGCAGUGCCCAAGCGAAGAUCUGGUACCAAUAUUGAGGAGGAAGAAACAAGAGACUUUCUUCGUUUAAUCUCGAAUAUAGAUUAAAUUUUAUUACUUA